GAAGAACGUACUCGUUGAAAUUGAUUCCGUAGCAGUGCUUGUUUAUCUUGAACGGUAAACGUUUCUGUGAACCUCACGAACAGAUCUGAUCCUCCGGUUUGAAUUUCAAAAAAGGAGCACCGUAACGAACGGUAGCAGAGUGGGGCAGUUUAUUUUCUUUCUUUUCACGUCCCAUAGCAGCCAUUUGCUGUUAGGACGAGAACAGGAUCGUUUCAACCUUGUGCUCGUUCGUUACAUUCGGAUAUUUAUUGUUUACGCGUGUGCGUCGAGCGAUUUUACGAGAUUCAAUCGCCGGGAUACAAGAGCUGUGUUACCGUUGGGGUGACUUACCAACCACCAAGGUCGGGUCAAUUCGAAGAUGGAAAUAGUGAAACACUUGAGAAAACAUUCUACAAUACUCGCCGUCGAUCUUGCGACCUCACUUGGUUUUAUUUAUUCGUGGAACAGGGGACACAAAUAUGUUGCGUCGGCUGUUUCCUUGUGUUGUAUCGGUGGAACCUAUUUGUACUCUCGAAUUAAGACCCGAGUCAAAAUUCGCCCUAAUGAUGCGGUCAUCGUGACUGGUUGCGAUUCAGGACUAGGAUACAGUUUAGCCCUGCACUGUCGCCAAUUAGGGGCGACUGUGAUCGCCGGCGUAUUACGAAGUGACAGUCCUGGGGCGAAGAAGCUAAUGGAGAACGAUGCGUUUGUUUAUUCUCUGGAUGUUACGAAACCCAUCAGCGUGACUGACUUCGCAGAGUCCGUACGGACGAUCUUGGAACGGGAGAAUUUAGAGCUGCGAUGCUUGAUCAAUAACGCCGCCUUGAUGAUCUUCGGUGAAUUCGAAUGGCAAACAGAGGAGCAGAUCAGGAGUCAAGUGGAAGUCAAUUUCCUUGGCACGAUGAGAAUCACUCGAGAACUGAUGCCGAUGAUCCGAGCGCACUCCAGCCGGAUUGUUGUAAUCUCGAGCCACUGUAACAUCCAGCCGAUCCCUGGGGUGGCAGCUUACAGCGGGACCAAGGCUGCGAUUGGAGCCUGGGCCACCGCCAUGAGGCUCGAGCUAAAGAAGUAUGGCGUCAAGGUCGUCUGCUUUAUCCCUGGGUCUUUCUUCAGGGAGAGCAACAUAUUGGCCCGGCAGACUGAAUACUUCGAGACGAUGAGGAAGUCGAUGACAGAGGAAGCGAGGACUUUCUACGGUGAUUACUUCACCAGCUACUCGCAAUAUUUCGGAUCCGUAGCGCACGGUGGAAACCUGGAAAAGCUGCCAGACCCGAGGAUCUACGAGAUCUUUGAAGGCGCACUGCUUGACAAAUAUCCGUCAGCGCUUUAUAAACAUGAAUCAUGGCGAUACUUCCUGUAUCACGCGUUGUUCAGGAUAACGCCGUCCUGCGUGCGCGACCUGCUCGUCCAGAAAUUCGUGCAGGCACCUCCUUGGACGAAGAAAACGAAUGCUUCCCGUUCCGAAGUGACGCAGAAUCCUCCCAUGAAGGAAGAGCUGCCGGCAGAGAAUGAGAGUCCUUCAAUGAAUAAAAAUAAUACAAUAGGAAAUCAGAAUUCGGUGACGAAACUAUGUUAACGAUUUCUGGAUCCUUUUGCAACAUAAGCAGACUGCGGAUCUGUGUGCUAAUUCGUAUCUUUAUACACCAUUCUGCGAAAUUUCGAAUCAAAGAAAACUUUUCUUGGACAACUAAAAUAUUACUCAUUGUACAAAUAAAAUAAAGAUGCUGUUAGAUCUUGUUCAUUUAUACGCUAUAUGCAUAAAGAUCUGCAGUCUAAUAGCAAGCUUCAAGAAACUUAUAAUGUACCGAUUGGACUGAAUAAAAUAUCUUUAUAUCGUUUAA